GUAGAACGUGACCGCGAUCCCAUCGCGUUAACUUACACUGAGCGCGUACCGUUCGAGUCGACUACUCGCAGCAUUCAACCCCGCCUCUCACAUCGCCCUAUCGUCUUCCCUCAAGCACUCACAACACGCACCAUGGGAGACCUCGUAGACUCGAUGCUCGACCUGAUGCGACGGCUCCCGCCGACCCACGUCGAGGAGAACGUUGCCUCACUGGUUGCGAUGUGCCCGGACUAUGCGGACGACCUCCUGGGGAGCGUCGACCAGCCGCUGAAGGUGAUGACGGACCGCGCAACGGGCAGGGACUACCUCGCGUGCGAUUACAACAGAGACGGGGAAAGCUAUCGGAGUCCCUGGUCGAACGACUAUGAUCCCCCUCUAGAAGACGGGACAGUCCCGUCACCUAAAUUGCGCAAGCUGGAGAUCACAGCGAAUGAGGCGUUCGAUACCUAUCGUGAGAUGUACUAUGAAGGCGGCGUGUCCUCUGUCUUCCUCUGGGAUCUCGAUGACGGCGGGUUCGCAGGUGUUGUGUUGCUGAAGAAAGUACUCAAUGCGUCAUCACCAAGCGAGCCAUCGGGCUCAUGGGACUCCAUCCACGUCUUCGAGGCUGCCGAACGCGGUCGACAAGCGCAUUACAAGCUCACAUCCACCAUAAUGCUGCAGAUGACGAACCGUGCAGCAACCUCUGCCUCUGAGAAAGAUGACAAAACCAAGGGGAGUGGAAAAGAAGAUGCCAACAGGCAAGGUGAGGUGGUGCUCAGUGGCAGCAUGACGAGACAGAGCGAACAAGAUCAGCCCUUGCAAGACCAAGCAUCGCACAUAUCGAACACAGGGCGGAUGAUCGAAGAGAUGGAGAUCAAGAUGCGCAACCUCCUCCAAGAGGUGUACUUUGGCAAGACACGAGACAUCGUGUUCGAUCUGCGCAGCAUCGACGAUCUGGAGAAGGCACGACGGCAGCGUGAGCUGCAGAAGGAGCUUGUCGGCUUCAUCAAGCGGUGAUGAUUUCCGUAUCUUGAGUGGACCAUUGGAAUG